GCCCGCCAGCCGGAACAGCAGCUCCUCGGCUUUGGUGCUUCUCCCCCCGCGCGAGCGGCCGAUUCCGAAGCGGACUCCCGCAAUGGCCUUUGCAAAUCUGCGGAAGGUGCUCAUCAGUGAUAGCCUGGACCCUUGCUGCCGGAAGAUCCUGCAAGAUGGAGGGCUGCAGGUGGUGGAGAAGCAGAACCUGAGCAAAGAGGAGCUCAUAGCCGAGCUGCAGGACUGCGAAGGACUCAUCGUCCGCUCGGCCACCAAGGUGACUGCUGACGUCAUCAACGCAGCGGAGAAGCUCCAGGUGGUGGGCAGAGCUGGCACAGGUGUGGACAACGUUGACCUGGAGGCUGCCACCAGGAAGGGCGUUCUGGUCAUGAACACCCCCAAUGGGAAUAGCCUCAGCGCUGCAGAGCUCACCUGUGGGAUGAUCAUGUGUCUGGCCAGACAGAUUCCCCAGGCGACAGCUUCCAUGAAGGACGGCAAAUGGGAACGGAAGAAGUUCAUGGGAACAGAGCUCAGUGGAAAGAUCCUGGGAAUUCUUGGCCUGGGCAGGAUUGGGAGAGAGGUGGCCACUCGUAUGCAGUCUUUCGGGAUGAAGACUAUAGGGUACGACCCCAUCAUUUCGCCGGAGGUCUCGGCCUCCUUUGGUGUUCAGCAGCUUCCCCUGGAGGAGAUCUGGCCUCUCUGUGAUUUUAUCACUGUGCACACACCUCUCCUGCCCUCCACCACGGGCUUGCUGAACGACAGCACCUUUGCCCGGUGCAAGAAGGGGGUGCGUGUGGUGAAUUGCGCUCGGGGAGGGAUCGUGGACGAGGGAGCCCUCCUCCGGGCCCUGCAGUCGGGUCAGUGUGCUGGUGCUGCGCUGGACGUGUUUACAGAGGAGCCGCCGAGAGACCGCGCCCUGGUGGAGCAUGAGAGCGUCAUCAGCUGCCCCCAUCUAGGCGCCAGCACCAAGGAGGCCCAGAGCCGCUGCGGCGAGGAGAUUGCCAUCCAGUUUGUGGACAUGGUGAAGGGGAAGUCCCUGGCGGGGGUGGUGAACGCCCAGGCCCUCACCAGUGCCUUCUCUCCGCACACCAAGCCUUGGAUUGGUCUGGCAGAAGCCCUGGGGGCUCUGAUGCGAGCCUGGGCUGGGUCCCCCAAAGGGACUGUCCAGGUGGUAACACAGGGAAGCUCCCUGAAGAAUUCUGGGAACUGCCUGAGCCCCGCAGUCAUCGUCGGCCUCCUCAGAGACACUUCCGCUCAGGCGGAUGUGAACUUGGUGAACGCCAAGCUGCUGGUGAAAGAGACUGGUCUUAAUGUGACCACCUCCCACAACACUGCUGGGACAGGCGAGCAGGGCUGUGGAGAAUGCCUCUUGACCGUGGCCUUGGCAGGUGCCCCCUACGAAGCUGUGGGCUUGGUCCAGGGUACCACUCCUGUGCUGCAGGCGCUCAACGGAGCCGUCUUCCGGCCCGAAGUGCCUCUCCGCAGGGGCCUGCCCCUGCUCUUGUUCCGGGCUCAGUCGUCUAAUCCUGCGAUGCUGCCCACCAUGAUUGGCCUUCUGGCAGAGGCAGGCGUGCAGCUGCUGUCCUACCAGACCUCGGUGGCGUCAGGUGGGGAGACCUGGCACGUCAUGGCCGUCUCCUCCCUGCUGCCCAGCCUGGAUGUGUGGAAACAGCAUACGACAGAGGCUUUCCAGUUCCACUUCUGAGCUCUGGGGGCUUUUUUUAAGAAACCCUGCCCACUGUGAUCAACCGAGAGAGGAGAGCCACGUCUCUCGAGCUGCCACUGCUUACUCAGCGGACCUCAGCUGACAUCCCUAGAGCAGCGAUAACCACCCAAUAAAAAGCCUACUCCAAACCUUCAA